GGUGAGAAAACAUGGAGGACUCCACUGGCAGUAAUCCCCAAUCUCACGGUUUCACAGACAAGUUAAAGUCGUGGCUCUCGUGGUCGUGGACGUACGUGUGCUUCGUAUGGUUCGGCAUGGUGUUCAUCAUGAUCUACGUGCUGUGGAGUCCGCUCAAACUGCACGAAAGCCUCACUUCGGCGUCGCUGUUUUUGAAUACACUGACCCCCAAGUUCUACGUGGCUCUCACUGGGACCUCUUCCCUCAUCUCUGGACUCAUCCUUAUAUUUGAGUGGUGGUACUUCCGGAAGUAUGGGACAUCCUUCAUCGAGCAGGUCUCUGUGAGCCACCUGCGCCCCCUCCUCGGCGGAGUGGAGAGCAGCUCCACCACUGGUCUCUUCUCGUCCGUCAAUGGGGAGGCAGAGCCUAGGCCCAGCGUGUCAGAGUGUAAAGUCUGGAGGAAUCCUUUGAACCUGUUCCGAGGAGCAGAAUACAACAGGUACACGUGGGUGACGGGAAAAGAACCGCUGACAUACUACGACAUGAACUUGUCUGCUCAAGACCAUCAGACCUUUUUCAUAGGAGACACCCAGCAGUUGAGGCCUGAGGAUUCGGUCAUGCAGAAGGCCUGGAGGGAAAGAAACCCUCAAGCCAGGAUCAGAGCAGCUUACCAGGCCAUAGAGUUGAACCACGAAUGUGCGGCAGCCUACGUGCUUCUCGCCGAGGAAGAAGCCACAACAAUCACGGAAGCUGAGCGCCUCUUUAAAAAAGCUUUAAGCAUCGCAGGCAAAGAUAUCAACCUGCUGGUUUACAUUAAACGCAGACUGGCAAUGUGCGCCCGCAAGCUUGGACGUAUCAAAGAAGCUGUGAAAAUGAUGAGAGACUUAAUGAAGGAGUUCCCGUUGUUAGGGAUGUUAAAUAUACAUGAAAAUCUCCUGGAGGCGCUCCUUGAGCUGCAGGCGUACGCCGACGUCCAGGCUGUCCUCGCCAAAUACGACGACAUCAGCCUCCCGAAAUCGGCCACCAUAUGCUACACGUCCGCCCUGCUGAAAGCGCGGGCAGUGUCGGAUAAGUUCUCCCCGGAGGCGGCGUCGCGGCGGGGGCUCAGCACCGCCGAAAUGAACGCCGUGGAGGCCAUUCACAGAGCAGUGGAGUUCAAUCCGCAUGUGCCCAAGUACUUGUUAGAGAUGAAGAGCCUAAUCCUACCGCCGGAGCACAUCCUGAAGAGGGGUGACAGCGAGGCGGUGGCAUACGCGUUCUUCCACUUACAGCACUGGAAGAGGGCCGAAGGUGCCUUAAACCUUCUCCACUGCACAUGGGAGGGCACCUUUCGGAUAAUUCCCUACCCACUGGAGAAGGGUCACCUGUUCUACCCUUACCCAGGAUGCACAGAAACGGCAGAUCGGGAGCUGCUACCAUCGUUCCACGAGGUGUCGGUGUACCCAAAGAAAGAGCUGCCUUUCUUCAUCCUCUUCACCGCGGGCCUUUGCUCCUUCACCGCCAUGCUGGCCAUGCUCACACAUCAGUUCCCCGAGCUCAUGGGCGUCUUCGCCAAAGCAUUCUUCAGCACACUGUUCGCGCCACUGGGCUUCUUUGCGGACAAGAUGGAAAGCUUCAUGCCGUCCAGUUUUUGGCACCAACUAACUCGGAUCUGACCCCAACACACAUGCACACGCACACACACACACACACACACACACUGGGAAAAAACAAAGUUGCUCUCCUGUCCUCAGCAUUACUGUCUACUUGCUGCUUUGUUACUGAUUAUAUUGGCCCGGGUCGUAUCAACACAGCAGUCAGUACCACUCUUAAGAUGCUCGCUCUUCCAGCUGCCUGCAGUGUGGCCAAGAAGUCGACAUUUUAUUUGUCACGAGGGGAAUUUGAAAUGUUUUGCACCAUUUUUGAGCUGGUACAAGAACAAGUUGUUGUACACAUUAUGUGUAGCCAAAAAUGGCCAUUAUCCGUUUGGCACAGCACUUCCAGUGUCUUCAGUAAGGGUAAGAUUAGUAGAAUACUAACCAUAAUAUCACAAAACAACACAUACAUCCCCAUAUUGAUGUAACUGAAGAAGAAAGAACAUUAUUUUUGCACAUUAAUGACCUGAAAUACAAAAUUGCCGUAUUUCUUUAGUGCCCUGAUUUGGCAUCAUCCACAAAGACAAAUAAACGCCUGGCUAUCGGAAAAAAAUUGGAUUGUAACUGGAAUGAUCUUGUUCACACACUGACAUUAAACCAUUAACGGCAUUUAAACUCUUUUGCUCACCAAAACAGCAGCCCCUGGCAAAGCAUGGUAACCAUGUCUCAGAUUACUUCAAGUGUUAAGUCGUGCCGCAUGAAUAAAAACAAUGUUGCGACAUGUGGCGAUCACUCCACAAUGUUGCGUGUGUCCAUAUGCUCUAUGUUUUAGUUUAGCUGAUUAGAAUUUGAAUCGUUAUUGUUGUCGUUAUGCUUGAUCUGUCCAUAUUAGUCCAUUUUUAUUUUGGUUUGAAUUCCUGUUGAAAUAAAUACUAAUACUGUUUAAUAUUAUUGCAAAAUAAUACAUUCGUGCAAAUAACUGCCCCAUCUGCAGUUGAGUAAGAAGUACAAUACUCUAGUCCAUUUUUAACUCAUUUUAAAUCCACUUAAUGUAACAUUUUAAUUUUCUAAUAUUCCCCAAAAUUGAUUUUUACAAAUAAACGACUUCCACCUAAAAGACAACUCCCCUCUCAGCAGUUGAGUAAAUAAUACAGUUAUCCAUUUUUCUUACGUGUUAAAUGCCCAUUAAGAUAAUUUUGAAUGUUGUUUAAUAUUAUUCAGUUGUUUUUAUUUUUGUCUAAAUUAUAUUAUUCUCAAAUAUGCAUCUUUUUAAACUCUUAAUCUAAAUUAUAAUUUUUAAUAAUCUAAAAAAAAUGCAAACACAAAAUAUACAAAAAUACAAAUAAAUGCCUCCCACCAAAUACACGACAAAUGCAUUUUAUAAUUUUAUUUAUAUAAUUCCACGCUUGCAUUAACACAUAAUCCAUAUGCAUUAAAGUCCCUGCAAAUUGAAAAUAUGUCUUGUAAAUUGUAAACGCAGGAAAGUGUCUUGUUAACAGCCCUGUCAAAUUUGAAUGAUUAAAACUAGGCCAAAUAUAUAAUAUGAGGCUUGAAAAUGGUUUUAAAAAAAAAAAAAAUCAAGCCAUCGCCUCUCAAAUGUUGUGGGUAUGUCCGCUGAAUGCGCUGAAAACACAUCUUACUUAAGUGUCAAUCAAAUAUGACUAUAUAUAUGAUGAUGGUGUUGUGUUUGCGCCAAACUUACCUUUUGUAAUCAUGGCCAAAAAGGUCAACCUUGGUUUCAUCGGACCGUAGCACAUUUUCCUACGUUUGGGAAACGUUGUUAUGGUUUGAUGAAAUCAAGGUUGAGAAGAGUUCUGACUCAAUUGAUCAAUAACCUGCCACCUAUUAAAUUGUGCCCAAACCUUCCCCUUUGUGAUGCCACAUUACCUUACAAAAGUCACACUUUCUCACUCAGUAGCAUGAGAAACUAUGUCUUGACUUUUUGACAACAAUUACAACAUUUGCAGCUUGUAAUAGGCACAAGGCAUCCACGAACAUGCAGUAACAUGGUACUAUUUCAUAACUGGUCGAAAUCAAAAGUAAUCAAAGUGCCUUUUUUCAUCCCAUCCUUAAACAACUGAACUUGGCAUUGACUCAUCUCCGACAGACACUGUUUUAAUUGUAUUGUUGUUGAUUGCUGUUGAUAAACGACAAAAAAAAAAGCAGGGCCAUGUGUCAAAGCUUACUUAUGUAAUAAGACAAAGCAGAAAUGUGAAAGUACAUGCUGAAGGCAGGAGACUGUUCUCAUGUUUGAAAAGCGCUUGAAACAAAACUUCCAAUAAAAUGACUCCUGUGAAAGUCGAA